AUGGUAAAUUUAGGUGCUCUAAACGACGAAGACAAGCGGAAGUGUGCCAACAUGUUUCAAAUUCACCUCGUAAUCAAUGUAUUAUCUUCAUCAUUAUCCGAGUUUCGCAAUCUUCAAUUAGUUUCGAAAUCGUUUAAACGUAUCAGCAACGAUCGAUACAUUCUGCAGCGGCUUUCCCUCAAUAAAAUCCCUCUUUUACCAUGGCGCAACCGUAAAAAAUUUCACAAUUUUUUCAAAAGAUGUCGCAAGAGUGGAAACCUAGAGGCUAUAUACCGUAAAGGACUUGUCGAUUACUUUCAUCGGGAUAGUCAUGAACGUCAACGAGACAGAGGACUCAAACAUAUAGCAAAAACUGCAAACAAUGGAAAUCAAGAAGCACAAUAUGUUUAUGGGUUGAUCCUAAUUUGUCUUGGUGGCAAAACAAAACAAAAUGGUUUCAAGAUCUUGUCUUCUCUACGAAAACCUUUGAUGUUGUCAAAUACGAUCAAGGAGAUGGAAAAACAUCGGACACAUAUCAGAAAUAUGUGGUGGUGGGGCGAACCGAUGAUGAGACACCUACAAAAAAGCUAUGUUCGUGAGAACUGCAAUUGCGAUGGUCGAACCGAGAUCUUUCCCAACUAUUGUUUUCGUCAUCGUUUUGGUGAGGACGACGACAUGCUUACUUCUUCCGCUUGUGAGAUAUGUUUGUGCCAUCAUGAAGUCAAACUUUUCUUUGCUAAUAUUAAGGAAUGA